AUGGCUCCUCAGACAAAGACGAAGAAGUCCAGUCAGGACAACAUCAACUCGAAGCUUCAGCUCGUGAUGAAGUCUGGUAAGGUUUCUCUUGGUCUGAAGAGUGCCUUGAAGAACAUGCGUAGCGGUAAGGCCAAGCUUAUCGUAAUCUCUGCCAACACGCCUCCGCUGCGCAAGUCGGAGAUCGAGUACUACGCUAUGCUGUCGAAGACGGGUGUCCACCACUACCAGGGCUCCAAUAUUGCCCUCGGUACCGCCGCGGGUAAGCUUUUCCGGGUUGGGUAUGUAUCUGAGUUUGUGUAG